UUCUAUAGAUUAAAAUAAACAAAUUAUAUAAAAUCAAACAUUAAACCGACUAAAGUCAGAUGUCGAAGGCCACAACUAUAAAAGACGCGAUCAAAAAAUGGGAGGAAAGACAUCCUGACGAGCAAAUUUCGGAAGCCCUGGAGGUCGGCUUUCAAUUUCAGUGGCCUCCGAUCGAAAAAAUGGAUAACUCAUUGGCAACCCUCACCAAUUGCCAAAAAUUAAGCUUGUCUACUAACAUGAUCGAAAAGGUGGCCGGAAUCGGAACUUUAAAACAUAUAAAAAUCUUAUCACUAAGUCGCAACUAUAUCAAAUCGUUCGCGGGAAUCGAAGGUUUGGGCGACACGUUGGAACAAUUGUGGAUUUCGUACAACUUGAUCGAAAAAGUAAAGGGGGUGCAGGCGUUGAGAAAACUGAAGGUUUUGUAUAUAGCUCAUAAUUUAAUUAAGGAUUGGUCGGAGGUUGUGAAGCUGAACGACCUUGCACAGUUUGAAGAUUUGCUUUUUAUUGGAAAUCCUUUGCAUGAAACAUAUGAAGAAAGUGUUUGGAAGGCCGAAGCUGCGAAAAAGUUACCGAAUUUGAAAAAACUCGAUGGGGAACCGGUGUUAAGAGAUACUUAAAAUGAUAUAACUAUACUGUAAAAUUUAUAUAAUAUAUUUUUUAUUAUUUUUAUUAUUA